AUGGAUCUUCCAGAAACAGCAUUGGUCAACGUCUUGUCUCGAUUUCCACUGAAGAUCAUCGCGAGAUUCAGAACAACAGAAACAGAGAACAAAAUAGAGAGGCCAAGUCAAGAAGAGUCAAGAUGUCAACAGUGUCGUAUCAUACAUUUCCCCGGUAGUGAGGUCGCUGGAGUUUACAGGAGGAGCUUCACAGCCUCUGAAGGAUCCAUUGUUUAUUUUAACCGGUUCCAUGAGAAUGAAACAUCGACGCUACGGGUUUGGAAGCUGGUCAAGUACGAAGAUGUUCCUCAGGCUUGGCAACUCUCUUGGGAUCUCAAGUUGGAUUCCUUGACGGGAUCUGGUAUCAGUUAUUUCCCCGUGGUGAUGCAUCCUUUGAACUCGGAGAUUAUCUACUUGUGGAACAGUACCUCGAAAGAUCUGGUCUUGUUUAACUUGCGCACACGUGUGUUCAGUGUUCAUAGAGAGGCAGAAGAAGAUGGCAAGUGUAUGGAUGGUUGCAUUUUGAGUUUUAACGACUGCAGCGAGUAUAUGGACAGCAUCCGUAAAUACAGUCUCAUAUGGUAUCAAGCUGGUCCUAACAAUCUCUCCUUUUCUCAGUAUAUUUUCCCUCGUUGGCUGCACCGUCUCCCUCGUCCUCACUCUACUUAG